AUGGAAGGAGGGCAUUGCUCAAGGGAUCUUCUCCAACCAGCAGAUUGGAUGGCCAAAUUGGAUCUGCAGGAUGCAUAUCUCACAGUGCCUAUAGCAGUCCAACAUCAAAAUUCCAUCAAGAUCGAGAACUUCCUGCAGUUUACAUGGUAGGGAAGGAAAUGGAGGUUCAGGUGCUUCCCAUUCUGACUGUCUUCAGCUCCAUGGUGCUUCACCAAGCUCAUGAAACCUAUGGUCGCCCUGCUAUGGAGUCGGGGAGUACAUUUUAUAAUAUUUUAGACUGCAUUUUCAUUCUGGCUCAGUCUAUUCAAUUAAUCCGGACAUACCUUGCAUGGACUUUGACCCUGUUAGAGAACCUAGGCUUCCUGAUCAAUUAUGAGAAAUCCAUUAUCGUUCCCACGCAACAAAUCAAAUCAACUUACCCAGAGAAGACAAAACUUCCAGGGAUGGGAGGGAGGGAGGGAUAAUACUCGUCUCCGUGUCAUUAAUGAAAUCAUUACUUUACGUUAUGUUAAUAGUAAAAUCUGUGAAUUUUUUUAAGACACAGAGGCUCCUAUUAUGCUAGUUCAAAGCUGUGAAAUUAUGUCUCCUGUGAAGUGUUGAAUAGGUCUAAAGUAGAAAUCAUGGAAUGUAGACUCUGAAGACCAGCUGCUCUCAUAAUAUCCUCUAAGCAACAACCAAAGAGGACAUCUUCUGGAGUAAAGGAACGAGCAACCACCUGAAGAGCUCAUACGUCAGAAAACCUCUUGCAAGAAAAUAAAUUCAAGACAAUAGAGACGUCCCACAAGAGUAUCGUGGUAAGGGUGGAUGAGCAAACCAAAUUCCUCAGAGAAGUCAACAUAUGACAGGAUGUCAAUCGACAGGCGUCUAAUCAAAACUAUGAUGACCAGUAGAAAUGGACGAACAGUAAGGUUGGUAAGGUUCACAGUGUCAUCAUACAGACAAUUCAGAAAAAUGGAAUGGGAUUUAAAUGGCCACCGGCCAUUUUACCGGGCGCUCGGAAGCACUUACAAGCGCUCACAAGCGCCCGGUAGAACACAGGUCCGGCGUCAUACAGAUCAGCCUGCUCAGCCAGGCCUCCCCCUCCCAGGCAUGCAUUGCGGCAGCGCACAGGCGCUUCACUUCCUCUCUCCUGCCCCUUCCGCUGGACGUGGGGAGAAGUGGGCGGGAGCAUAAUGUGCAGAGAAAGGGCAGCCAGGCGCAGGGAGAGAACAGUAAUGAAGGUAAGGUAUGUCAGAGAAUGUGUGUUAGUCUCCUUCGUGUAUGUAUGUUUAUGUCAGUGUGUCUGUCUGUAUGGGUCAGUGUAUCUGUCUGUAUGGGUCAGUGUGUGUCUGUAUGGGUCAGUGUAUCUGUCUGUAUGGGUUAGUGUGUGUGUCUGUAUGGAUCAGUGUCAGUCUGUAUGGGUCAGUGUAUCUGUCAGUAUGGGUCAGUGUGUGUGUGUCUGUGUGUAUGGGUCAGUUUGUCUGUCUGUAUGGGUCAGUGUGUGUGUCUGUAUUGGUCAGUGUGUGUGUCUCUAGGUGUCAUUGUAUGUGUCUGCAUGGGUCAAUGUGUCUGUAUGUGUGUGUCAGCAUGGGUCAGUGUGUGUAUAUGAGUCUGUGUACGUCAGUCUACAUGGGUUAGUGCGUGUGUGUCAGUUUGCAUGGUCAGUGUGUUUCUACUUGAGUCAGUGUGUGUGUGCUAGUCUGCAUGAUUGAGUGAAGCAAAUGGGGUAGCAAAUUUGUUUUUUCGCCUAGGGCGGCAAAAAUGCUUGCACCGGCCCUGCGUAGCCACACCUCCCCUGGCUGUGAUUGAAACAGCCUGCAUGAAAACAAAAUAGUUUCAUUUUUAAUCCCAUGCAACUAACUUUAAAAGUUUUUAUUUCUUGCUUUGUAAAUUGAACUUUAGUUGCAUACAAGAGACCCCUGCUGGGUCUAGCAAGCUAUUUACAGAGCAGGAGAUGAGAAAUUCUAAGUUAAACAGAAUUUAAAAUAAAGGAAGUGCAAACAUUAGAUGACUCUUUACAGGAGGUGUUUAGGAAGGCUUUUCAAGUCACAUGCAGGGAGGCGUGACUAGGGUUGUAUAAACAAAGUGAUUUAACUCCUAAAUUGCAGGGAAUUGAGCAGUGAGGCUGCAGGGGCAUGACCUAUACACCAAAACUGCUUCAGUAAGAUAAAGUCGUUCUGCUGACUAUAGUGUCCCUUUAAGUGUAAGCUCACCUGCCAUGUCAAGGCAAAACCUCUUAGGUGAGUCCAAUACUAACAAUUUACCUUGCUUCCUUUAGCUAAAAGGUACAAAUCUCUAAUGAGACAGAAAUGGGUGUUUAUCUAAUUUAACAUGGCAGAAUCAUACUACCAGAUAGUACCACCAGAAAACUAGCCAUUAGGAAGCUCUGUGGCAAAACCUUACUGACACAUACCUGAGCAGCUUUUUACUAUACCCUGCUCUGUUCAUCCCAUAAAGUAAUGUAACACACACAAAACUAUGGAAGCUAUCUAACAGUGCACUCCUUUUUUUUGUUCAGGGCUGAUGCAGUUCAGACUAGAGCAUCUGCCUAAUAAAAAACAAAUCUGUUAUUUAUUAUAUGUGAUUGAAACAAAUGUUAUUUAAUCCAAAAGAAGACAAAAUUCAGCAGAAAAAAAAAAUAUCUGUUAUUACAUGAUUACAUGUAACAUAUAACAUGUUACAUGUUAUUUUGCUUUGUUUAUUACAAAAUAAGCCUGUCUCUUCUAAGCACUGUGCAAUGCACCACGAUGAACAGCAGGGGGCAGUAAACAUUUCCUCUAGGAUUCUCUCUCUAUAUGUGAAUGGGCUGAUCCUGUCCCUUUACCAAUCAGGCAGUCUGACAGCUGGAGGUGGGUCUGCCUGCUCCUCUUUCUAUUAGCCAGCUGCCUGUGCUAGGCUGACUCUGCCAUGCUUUUAUUAACCUUCCCAGUAUCACGGCAUUUUGUGCUGAAAAGCAGAAUCUGGUCUUCCUGUUGUAGGAGGACUGCUGCAAUGUCUACCCUGUUACUGAACCAGCCCCAGUAUUCAUGGCUUAAGGAGCUGGGACUGAAAGAGGAGAAUGAGGGAGUCUACAAUGGGGCAUGGGGAGGGAAAGGAGAGGUAAGUGUCUGCACAGCUCACUGCCAAUUGCCACAUAUGUAUUUUGGGGAACCGCCAGAAUGGUUAAAUCAUCCAUUGCAGGAGAUAUAGCCAAGUGUUCAUCUUGUGCAUCAUUUUCUAUGCAGUGGAACAUUGUAUAAAUAGAACGUUAUGCUCUCUGUGAGUUAUUUCGGAAGCUCAGAUUGUAUUGUUGUCAGACAAAGACAAUAGAUUGUGCAAUUAAAAUGUUACCCAGGCCAGGCUCUGCAUGUGAAUGCAUGUCAGUGGGAGUAUGCACUAAGCUGCCUGAGCAAGACACACUCUGUAAUAGGACACACAGACAUGUGCAUAAGGUGUCCUAGGGUAAACUGAAGGGGGAUACAGGCAAUCACUUGAUUGUAGCUGGACAAACAAAUAUACAUAAUAUUUUGUCUCUCUGUCUCUCUCUCAGCACUUGGAAUUGUUGUUGGCAAAGUAGAUUUUAUGGAUUUACGUCUUUUGAAGAUCUAUCUAUCGUGUGUAUGCAAAUGCUUCACUUCAUGAUUGCUGCUUUUAAAUGCUAGCAUGAAUGUAUUCAUUGAUCGAAUAUCUACUAAACCCUUAUUUAAAAAAAUACAUUUAGCGUUUUGAAUUGUUGCUUUAAGUUGAAGAUUAAAUUGUAAUAUAUUAGAUGUAGUAGCUGCCAGGAACUUUAAACCCCUUGCACCUGAGUUUGUUUACCACCUGUAUAAUUACUGCAGCAGUUUAAUGCAUAAUAUAAUCUGGAAAUAAAAUUCAAAGCUGAGCCAUUUAUUAAUUGAUCAAGUUACUUAUGUCAGAGAGUUCCAUAACGGUGGCCAAAAUGUUACAUCUCCAUCUGCAUCCCAGUGGUGAUGCUAUGUCCUUCUUAGAAUGCCAAAACAUCAUGGAAGUUGUAGUUUAAAAAAAAAAAAAAAAAAAAAUUAACUUUUGGGCACCCACAGUUAUCGAUGAUUUUUUUUUUUAUUAUACCUUGUCACUGUGAGAUGGUAUGUCAGGAAUUUGUUAUUCCAAAGUGCUUGUAGACCUGGAAAAUGCUAAAUUUAGAUUGCACAAAAUAACUUAUUUGAAUAAAACAUUUUAUUUUGCAUUAAUUUAAACACGAAAUUUGAAGUUUUUAUAAACAAAUCUUUUUGACCUUUCAUAUUUUAAACCGGUUUCAACAACAUUAAAUGGUCUGUAUGCUUUUUGGAAAGGUCUACCACCUUCUCUGUGUCACUGUCCGCAUUUUACAAGUGAUUGCACUUUGUUCUGCUAAAGUAGCAGGACAGACUCUGGAUGCUUGGUUAAUAUUCCUACAGACAUGAUCAACAAGAUUUCUGUUAAUGGAAUGCAUGUGGUAGAGGUACAGUAGUUUUGAGAGUUAUUCACCUAGUGUGAAUAUUCAGUAAUUCCGAUUGAAUCUGUGUGUUUUUAUUUAAUUCUUUUUUUAAAUACAUUUUCUUGGUACUGGCUCAGUUUUUUGCAGGAUCAGCAUUUUCACACUCUGCGUGAAGAUGCCAAAUGCUUCCCAUAGAGAUGCAAUGGAAUAAUGCAUCUCUAUGAGGAGGUACUAUUUGGCAUGGCUCCCCUGGGAGGAAGGAUUGGCUGGUAUUAUCAGUAAUGGUGACCUCAGCCAGGGUUGGAGUGGGGUAGCAGUGAGACUGUCAUGGUGUGGGAUUAAAGGUGAGUAUUACUUCUUUAUUGUACUGUUAAAGGGAGGUUUGUGAAAGUAAUUUUAUAUUUAUAACACUAGAGUGCUCCUUACGGUAUAUAGUACACUUAGUGGUACAGACUUUGUAUUUCCUUUUAGGGUUGUGGGUUUUAUUUUUAUUUUAUUUAUUUAAAGGGACACUAUCGGCACCAAGACCAUUUUAUCUAAUUUAAGUGGUCUGAAUGCAGUUUCUGAGAAACUGAAAUGUUUACAUUGCAGGGUUAAGACUGCCUCUAGUAGCUUUCUCCCAGACAGCCACUAGAGGUGCUUCCUGCUGUUUCAUGUAGUUAACUUCAAAAUCCUCAUAGGAAAGCAUUGAUUCAUUGCUUUCCUUUAGAGAAGGCUCUCUCUCUGUGUGUGUGUGUGUGUGUGUGUGUGUGUGUGUACAGUGCAUAUACAUUAGGCCGCCCUUGUGAUAACAUCGGAGGAGACGUAACCAGUGCCAAGUGGCCUCGGCACUGGAAUAAGGUAAUUCGGGGGCUUUUUAACCUUUUUCAUAGCUGUGGCAUGGGGGCAGAGGGACACCAUAGUUUUAGGAAUACAAAACUGUUCAUUUAAAUUGAGAUUAUAUGGAUUUUAUAACUGUAUCUAUUUAUCUGAACUAUAUAGACACAAUUUGUAUAUAAAUUGUAACUGUUGUAAACCUCUCAUUUAAAGCAAGCCCAGCACAUUUGAGACUUGCAUUAGCAAAUAAGAAUGGCGAAUAAAGAAGAAACUAUACAACCACUCUCAUAUUUCCUGCAAAAUCCUUCCUAUUACAUGGUCACUCUAAGCACCAUAGCCAUUAUCAAAUUCAACCUUCCUUUAAGGACAUUCAUUGGCAGACUGUGUCCGUUGCACAGCCAAUAAAUGGCUUUAAUGGACCACUAUAGGCACCCAGACCACUGCAGCUUAAUGAAGUGGUCUGGGUGCCAGGUCCACCUAGGAUUAACCCUUUCUGCUGUAAACAUAGCAGUUUCAGAGAAACUGCUAUGUUUAAUUUAGGGUUAAUCCAGCCUCUAGUGGCAGUCUCAUUGACAGCCGCUAGAGGCGCUUCCGCGCUUCUCGCUGUGAUUUUCACAGUGAGAAGACGCCAGCGUCCAUAGGAAAGCAUUGAGAAUGCUUUCCUAUGACACUGGCUGAAUGCGCGGCUCUUGCCGCGCAUGCGCAUUCAGCCGAUGACGGGGAAAGGAGGAGGAGAGUCUCCAGCACCGAGGGAGCCGGCGCUGGAGAAAGGUAAGUGUUUAACCCCUUCCUCUCCAUCCAGCCCAGCGGGAGUGGGACCCUGAGGGUGGGGGCACUAUAGUGGUCCUUUAAAAUAUGGAUAAAAUGAAAGAGGACAGUGCUUGCAUCUAAUGGCACCUCAACAAAUGUGUUGGACUGCAGUGGUUAUGGUGCCUAGACCCUUUAAAAGAAAAGUAUAGGGUUGAAUGACCGUAUUUAAUGCAUCCUAUGGCUGAUGCAAACAAUAGAAAGAGAUAAAUAAGACCUACCCUUUUUUUUUUUUGUUUCCUUAAAUUUUAUAUUUACACAUUUUAUAGCAAAAUAGGAGAAAAAUAAGUGAAUUGGAGACGGUAUCUUUCCAGUUUGGCAAUUUUGACUUAAAUGGAGAAUGUCCCGUGUCAGUUCACAGUUUAGUGAAUAAUCCAUUCUAUCCAUAUGAAUGACGUUCAAACAGUGACCGUUUGAAACAGUGAAAUUUGUGUUUUUAUUUUUUUAUAUUAUUUACGUUUUAGCUCAGAUUUUCUGAUAAAGUUUUCAUUUCACUACAGUAUGAUGUUUGUUGCAUAGGUCUUUUAGUGUUGCUUCCACUUAAUUUAUAUCAGACAUUAACAAUGUAUGUUGUUGAGUUUACAGUUUGCCAACCAUGUCUCUAGACCUGCUAUUAACCAACUUGUGCUUUGUGAAAAAAAUAAAAAAAAAUCCCACCCUUUUUUUUAUCUUAGGUUGUGACAUCGUAUUGUCCUUCUAAUAAUGCACCGAUUGCCAGAGUUCGACAGGUACAGCUUCUCUUUUUUUCUGUUUACCAAAUCUAUGUUGAAGAGUAAGCAGUGUGUGUAUUCUAUGUGCAUGUUUGUCAGUAUAAAAUAUAUUUAUUUUGUUUUGCCUGCCAAAUAUGUUUUCAUGCUUUUUAAAUAGGAUUUCAAAAUAAAAUAAACAAUUGAUAUCCGUUCUGAGCUGAAGCUGCGUUAAGUUAUACUUUCGCUUGGAAGCAAAAGUAGACCAAUCUAGGGUCUGUACAUUAGGUGUACAGAACUUAUUCCACCUUGAAAGUGUUAGACCAUGGAUGGCAUAACGUAAUACCCAAUAUGCUUCAACACUAGUUUAAAGGGAAAUGCCAUUCACAAACAUUAGGGGUGGUAACACACGUCAUCACAAAUUGGUGGAGGUUCGUGGAUCUGAUCGUAAACUUUAAAGGUUUCUCUACAGCCCUUUCCCAGCCUUCCUGUCAGCUACGCCAUUUUGUGUUUCAUUAGCUUACUAUUGUAAGACAGAGUGAUAGAUGGCUCACAAUUUGUUUUACACGGAGUAUAAUAUAUAUGUACGAAAGAAACAACUUGAUCUGUGACUCAUUUUAUUAACAUGUUGUUUUAGGCCACUAUUGAAGAAUAUAAUGAAACUGUAAUUAAGGCAAAAGAAGCAUGGAAGAUCUGGGCAGAUGUAAGUAUAAAUUGUUAUGGGCUUUCGUCCCAUACAAAUUAAGAUUUAUAUCCUUUUGAUGGAUGGGUUUUAUUUGGGUUCACUUUCUGAGUCUGAUUUAAAUGUGUGUAUUGCUCUUUAAGCAGAAGUGUCAGUUUUGUGGUGUUUUUUUUGACCCUCAUUUAAUAUCAAAGGAUAACUGCCUGACUCAUUUGCUGAUUCACUCUAGGUUCUUCCAAAAAUACAGGACUUUAGUGGGUUGAUCCUCUUUGCAUUAUUUUUCCCUUUACCUUGAUAUUACAUGACUGAAAGCGGUGUUGCAUUGCUUUGUUUAUGUAACAGCAGUUUAAUCUUUCUACACAUUUUAAGCAGUGUAGUGUCUUACUCUUAUACUUUCUCUCUCUCUCUUUUUUUUUUUUUUUUUUUUUUUUUUUUUUUUUUUUUUUUUUUUUUUUUUUUUUUUUUUUUUAAAUAACUAUAAUACUACCCACUUCUUCUUCCUCCUGCUGGACAUCCAGUAUUACUGGACCUGGCAGGUGAUGCAAAAAUCAGGAGGGUUGAACAAUUUUAACUCUAAACCCGAUAUAUAUUUUUUAUAUACCAGUUUUAAUAGGAGCUUAGAAUACUUUUUGCCCUGGGUAGUUGUUGUGAGAAACAGGAGGGAUGAGUAAAAAUAAGCAUGCACCAUCCAACUUACUGUGAGAGCCUGGAAUUUGGGCUCUUGGCAGAGAGGCGUAUAAUGAUUCCACCACAGGAAGAUUAUCAGAUAUAGGGCCAUAAGGAAUGGUAGGUGAACAGUGCUGUGGAUUAGAAUAGCAGGUAGAGAGCUAGUAUUGCUGCAGUGGAUCCAAGCAUUGUACAUGCCAUAUAUGCACUAAAAGGAACCCUCCCCUUUGUUUGGUUACAUCACAGUCAGAUCAGUCUCAAAAUCCACUUACCAGUUCAAGAUUUCACACUAUUCCUGUUUGGUGUUGUUAGAUAGAUCUCCUAUCCUAGAUAGUCCUCUUUCCCUUUUUUUUUUUUUAAAAUAUCUUUUUUUUGUUUGUUUAUAGGUUCCAGCUCCAAAACGUGGAGAAAUUGUACGACAAAUAGGUGAUGCCCUACGCAAAAAGAUUAAACUCCUAGGACACCUGGUAUGUAUGUGGUGUUAAACUAGGCAAUUCACUCAAACAUAGAAAUGAGUGCUGAAAUAAAAUAAGCUGAAUAAUAUUAGGGUUGUGUGUUUUUUGUUUGUUUUUUGGGUUUUUUGUGUGUGUGAAAAUGACACUAAUCUUCAUUCAUUUAUUUUUCUUAUCAGUUAUAUUUUGUCAUUGAAUUGUGGCAUCUGAAUGUGUCAUUAUUCACUAUGUGAAGUUGUGCAGUGGUUAGUACCUAACAAAAGGUACUAGAUGAACCAGCUUUAGGGUCCUGGGCGUUCAAGGCUCCCUGAUGCAGUAAGGAGCAAAGGCUAGCCCAUCUGCUCCGACCAAAGAAGAGCUAUUUUAGCUCAAAUUCCUGAAAAAAAUAAUGGCCAUGAAUGUAUCACAGUUUGCUGCGUAUGGUCUCUAUAGCUGCAGAGUGGUGAAAGUGCCCAUGAUGAACCCUGUCCACUGCCAAAAGUGCCUUCCAUGGGGCUGUGAGUGUCAGAACUGGACCAUACAGUUGGCUGGUCUUUUAGAUUAACAGCAACAACAGAUGUGAGAGAGGCUGAACUUGAACACGUCUCUUUUUAGUUGAUGUAAACUAUGAAUCCCGUUUUUCUUUUGGAUCAGGUUGAUGGCCGAGAGCUGUGUGUUGUUUGAAUAGAAAGCAGCAGGAUGCACUUUAGGAGACAGGCUAGCAGAGGCUGCGUUAUGCUCUUCACAAUGUUCUGUUGGGAAAGCUUGGUCCUGGCAUUCAUGUGGAUAUUACUUUGACACGUACCAGCUACCUAGAGAUUAUUGCAGAUUCAUGACAAUGUUGUUCCCUAAUGACAGUUGCCUCUGUCAGUAGGAUAAUGCACCGUGCCACACUGCAAAAAUUGUUCAGGAAUGGUUUGAGGAACAUGACAAAGAGUUCAAGGUGUUGCCUUGACCUCCAAAUUCUAUAGAUCUCAAUACGAUAUGAGCAUCUGUGGGAUCUUCUGGAACAUCCAAUUCAAUCUACAGAAGCCUCACCUAGCAACUUGCAUGGCUUACAGGAUCUACUGCUACUAGUGUAGUGAUUUUUUAUUUUUUUAUUUUUUUUUGGUGUCCCUUUAACAUUUAAACAUAGGAUGACUACAGAUGACUUCAGGCACCAUGAUCACUUCAUGAGAAAAAGUUUAGUAGAAGUUUGUAUUUUUUUUUAGAACCGGGGAUGCUUAUGUUUUACAUAAAUACAUUUCAUCUUUAAGCACGCUGAUUUAUAUUUCUCUAUUUUUAGGAAUCUUUGGAAAUGGGGAAGAUUUUAGUUGAAGGUGUUGGUGAAGUUCAGGAAUACAUUGAUAUCUGUGACUAUGCUGUUGGUCUUUCCCGUAUUAUUGGAGGACCAAUAUUGCCUUCUGAAAGUAAGAAUCGAAUUCAUUAUACAGUACUGCAUUGUACUUGUAAUGUUUAUAUUUAAUAUCUGGGCAGGAGCAAUUAUAGUACUUAGAAUGCCCUUAAACAGAUCCUCCCCACUUCCCCAACAUAUCUACUGUGAAAACAAAAUGUCUGGCUUGUAUGGUCUGCUCUCAAUUUUUAGUUUAUUUUCCUUUUUAUUUUUUUUUUAAUUUUUUUUUUGUCAUGGUUAUCUGCAACAAAUAUAAUAGAUUUUGUGUUGGGCUAAAGCUUCUUUACAAUUUUGCAGUGCCGUUCACUGACUCCUAAUGUUGACCUAAAUUUAUUAUUGUUUUUUAUUUUUUUUAGGACCUGGACAUGCCCUGAUUGAACAGUGGAAUCCUGUGGGUUUAGUGGGAAUUAUCACAGCUUUCAAUUUCCCCGUGGCUGUUUAUGGCUGGAACAAUGCACUUGCCCUUAUUUGUGGGGAUGUGUGUCUAUGGUAAGGAAUACCUGGUAUUGCAGUUAAUUAUGGCCUUUGUUGUGAUACUCAGUAAUGCUGUAGUGGUUAUGAGCCAGAGGUGCCCUGGCUCUUUCCCAGUGUGUAAUCUGUUAAGACGUUUUGGUAUGCUUUGACACCUGCCUGCAUCUCACUGGGCACCCAUGCGGCUUCUGAUCUUUUAGAACAGAAGAAACUGACCAGAAACUGCAUUGAUGCUCAUAUGGUUUGAUAGAUUAUGUUAAGAUGGCACCAGGGCAUUUCUGGCACCAAAACCACUACAGUGCGCUCAGACGUGUAACUACAAAAAAUACUGCGCAAUUUACCCUGGGGCCCCCCAUUCCUUUCCUCUCCCCCUCUGCGCCCCCCCCCCAUACAUCUACUUCUCCCAUACCCCCCUCCCCGUACGUCUACCUCCCGACCGACAGUCCCUUCCUCCCAGCGUCUGACAUCAUCACAGGGGGCCUGGUUGAGCUGAUUAAGCGCCGCAGCACUGCCUGGGGCCCCCUGGAUAUUCAUUGCCAUCGGGUGGCCCUAACAGCAUGGGCCACCCGAUGGACCCCUUCAAUGCAGUCACAGGGGUCUGCAGGGCGGUCGGACCCGGUCGCACCUAUGACCACGUUCCGACAGUGAGUGGGCUGUAGUGGUUAUGGUGCUUGGAGUGUUGCUUCAUAUGUGCAUUGUUAAAUAUUACUUAACUAGACUGUGCUGGGUAAAUGUUCUUCUUUGAUGUUUGUGACAACCUCCUUUUACGCAGUGUUGGGAAUGUUCCACCUUUCAAUGCAAGUCCAAGGUGUGUUUUAAUAACGUGUACAGUGCAAGUAUUAGCUGCCUUCUAUUCAUUUUCCGGGGAGGAACCCCACCAUGCUGCAACAAAGGGUGGCUCUGGUGAGGUUAUCCCUGUAUCCUUGUGCAGGACGUAAACUCCUCCCACCACCCUCCACUUUCAUUCUGGCAUGCACUUGAAAGGAAUAUGACUAUCAUCCUAUUACGGAUUAUUGUAAAUCUAUAACAUUUUAUUCUUGUUGUGAGGAGCAUUGUACAUGGAAAUUAUUGUAAAUUGCUUUCUGUUACAGGAAAGGAGCCCCGACGACAUCUCUUACUAGUGUAGCUGUUACAAAGUAAGUGAUCUUGGUGUACACAAUGCAAAGAAAAUAAACAUUUCUCUUGCAAAUCAUAAGACGCAGAUGAGUGGAGCAUGAUGCUCGGAUAAUGCUUUUCUUUCAGUAUUUCUUGUAUCUCCCUUAUCGAUUGAACGUCACAAAGAUUAGUAAUUAUUCCUUGGUAUAAAAGGGUCGUUAUAGAAAUAUUGGUACAAAAGAUAUGUGCAUAAGAAAUUCACGCACACAAAGCCGCAGCAAUACAAUCAUAUGUAGCCAUCCCAUUAUGGUAAUAUGCAUUAUAAAUUCUAUUUUGAUAUUGGCCGCAGCUUGUCUAUAUUUUGUCCUAAUUGUAGGAUGAGGUAAACAUGAAGGUGCAAUAGACUGAAGGGAAGAACCUGGGGUCGAGGGAGAAUUUUCUUUGCAUGUGUGCGUGCGCUUUUGUUAAUUGACAGCCACUUUAUUUUCCCUAUGUGCCAUUUUAAAACCCCUUCAGCGAAAAGGUAGCGGUUCAGCUACAACUCCCAAGGUGUGUUGACUUUGCACAGCAUCAUAAGAAUUGUAGGUCAAAAUCUGGAAUACUUGGAUACCUCUGCCGAACUUAAGCCUCAAUGUAUUGUUGGAUAAGUUUAAAUAAAAAAAAUAAAUAAAAAUAUUACAAAUUAAAAUAGUUUUCAUAAUAUUAAAUCCUUUUUAAAGUUUAUACAGAAAUAUUACAUCAUUUGGAAAACUCGCCCAACAAUAUUGAAUCGAGUCCUUAUUUGAUUUGUUUACUUACCAGACCAGUGUAUUGUCCUGCGCUCUUCAGUUCCAUUAACGUUGAAAUUCUGACCUCAAAUGAUUUGCCUGUUAAGCAUGGUUAAUUGUUAUGAAAGAAAAUACAAAUGAUUAAGCUAAUCUAUCUGUAAAACAUCUGUAUACGCGUGGGUGGCUGAUCAUGUGUGGUUUGCAUAGAAAAUAAGUGUAGCUGAAGUGUAAAUUGGAUUUAAUGACAUUAGUUGCCAUGUGAACACAAUUACAGACUUAAUAGCCAUUUCUACCAAUCUUACACAAUAACUGGAUGAGGGGAAGACGGUCUAUAGCAUGUCUUAUAUGGCAAGCUCUUUCAAUUUAAUACAGAGGAUUAACUGUUGGAAUAAUUUUAGAUUAGUUUGCUGACGUGCUUUAAAAAAAAAUAAUUAAUUCCAUUUAACAAAGUGCAAAAGAUUUAGAAAUUUGUUAGAUCCCCAAUAAAAUAAUGCAGCAAUAAAUGCCUGCAUGUUUUCAUUGGUGGCAUGUCUACUAAAUUGUUAAAAAAUAAUAAAUUCUACUGGAGUACUUUUAUUUUUUUCUUUCUAAAAGUAUUGUUUGUGAUUUAUUUUAUCAACUCAUUAGGGUUGAAACACUUUAAAUGGAAACUGGUAUUUCCCUAGACUUUUAAUAUUCAAUUUUCUCUUUUAUCCUGAUUGCCAUCGUGGUUGCCUGUUAAUUCUUGUAAUAACCUCUGCCUUUUGCGCAAUCAACAUAGAAAAAGCAAACAAGGAGAAGAGAAAUGAAGCAAUGUUGCUAUUUCUCUUAAUUUAUAAUGUUUGCCCUGGCAAUGCCUGGAUUUAACUGGAUUGCAGUGUAGUUUGUUAAAUCUUUAAUGUGCAUUUAAAGAAACUGUAACAUUACAUACAAAAAUAAGUAAAAACCAGUUCUAGAUGAUUUUCUAGGUUUUAUUCAAUGAUGCAUUUUCCAUGACAGCUCCCCUUUAUCAAACCAUUGCAAUACGGCAAUACUACAAAAUAGGCACAGGUGUAGAGAGCCAUGUGAACGUUUUGGUUUUCUGGAGACUUAGGAGGAAAAUGCAGUGUUUUUAUGUAUGUAUUGUUUCUUUCUUUUCUCUUUUAAUUUUUUUUUUUUUUUUUAAACCAUUUAAAAAGUGUGUGUGUGUGUGUGUGUGUGUGUAUAUGUGUAUAUGUGUGUGUGUGUGUAUAUAUAUAUAUAUAUAUCCUGUUUUAUUAAGGAAGGAGAGGGGGCAUUUUUUAACUAGAAUAAGUGUUUUAGACUGUGCUGACCCCUUUAAACAAUGUCUAUUUUAUUAAGGACCAGGGCUGUCCUAGUGUUGUCAGCACGCCACUGGUAUUUCUAUAACAAAAGCUCAUUAAUGUGUGAUAAUUUUUAAUUAACUUAUUCUUCCUUGUGCUUUUCAGAAUAGUUGCUCAGGUUUUAGAAGAUAACAACUUACCUGGUGCUAUCUGCUCCUUGACAUGCGGUGGAGCUGACAUUGGGUAGGUUUUUCAGUUUAGAUUUAAAUCAUUACAUAACACUACUUAUUUACUUCAAUGAAUAAUUGUAAGCAAUACAUUGUGACCUUUUCAAAUAAACCCACUCAGAUUAUGUCCCCGAAAAACUUUUUUAAAUUUAUUUAUUUAUUAAAUCUCACAGACUUAAACGUGUUGUUCACUAGUUAUCUGGUCUGUGAAAGUGCUAGAAGUAUAUAUUCCUGCACACUUCAGACUGUCAUCAACAUAAAUAUGUCAUUCUUUUCUAGGAAUGCUAUAGCCAAAGAUGAGCGUGUGGACCUCGUUUCAUUUACGGGUAGCACCAGUGUAGGAAAGCAAGUGGCUCUUAAAGUUCAGGAAAGGUUUGGUAAGUUCUAAGCUGGUUUAGACUGUUAAAUGAUCUAUAAAUCUUUUCAUGGAUAUAUUCCUCCAAAUACAAAUGUAUAAUAUCAAACUGUCCUACUUCAUCUUAUAUUGAAGAUGCUACUUUAGAUGGAUUUUGCAACCUCUUAACCAAUACAUGAACUUUAAAGCAUGCUCUUUACUUGAUAAUUAGAUGUGAUUUUUGUGGAUUUAAAUCUCUGUCCCAGUGUUUUUAUUCUGUUCUUCAGGCCCAGAGAUGGAAAUUUGUCAGCAAACUAGUUAAUCCUUGCGUAAACAAGAUAAUUCUCUUAAACAAAAUCUUCACACAUUAGAAGACUUGAAUUCAUCCAUGUUUUGAGUUAAAUGAUGUUGACGUUGGCGAUCCAUAUUUUAUCCAGAAUGUUGAACAAUGUAAUGCAGAGAGUGAGGUGGAUGGCCAACGUAGUCUACGACAUACAAAGGGACGCUAGUCACCAGAACAACCACAGCUUAAUGUUGUAGUUCUGGUGUCUAUAUAGAUAUCUGCACUUUUCAAUGUAAUCCCUGCCUUUUCAGAGAAAUAAUGUUAUCAUAAACUGAUUUUUCUACUUGAAUAUGCAUACGAUAAUUUGUUUUAUAAGUACAUAGCAAUGUAUUCUUGCACUGCCAAAUUACCAAAAAGGUAAAUUCACAAAAAAAUAAUCUUCUGUUUGGGCAGUCAGUGAUCAUCCUCUGUAUGUGAUAAACCUUCUAAGUAAUGCACAUGCAAAUGAUAGAUUAAAAAUAAGUAAAGUCCAUAAAAGAUAACUUUUACUAUCUGAAGACACUGAAAAUAAGACUACUUAACAACCUUUGUGAAUACGUAAACAGAACUAUUUUCUCAAACUGCAUGGUUCUAAAUACUGCACAAGAAAUAACAUGAGUAAAUCCUCUCAGGGAUCCAGAAUGUUAAACACAUUUGUCUCAGUUCCUGUAGUCUUUUAAUAGAGUACCAAUAGAGUACCGCUAAUCCAAGCAAUGGUGGCUCCUAUAGAUUCACAAACUUGGUAUCUAUUCAGUUACUCUACCGUGUCUUACAAUCACUACAUGGAAAGGGAUAUUAUUAUUAUUGUUGUUGUUGUUGUUGUUGUUGUUGUUAUUUUAUUUUAUUUAGCACCAACUUAUUCCACAGUGCUUUACAAUAUUAUGGAAGGGGGAAAUGUAAUAAUGAGAGGGGCAAUUACAAAAUGAUACAGGAACGAUAGUUAGAUGAGGACUGUGACAGAAUGCCUGUCGCUGCCAUCCCCACAUGUGCCCACUUGCUUGCCCGCAUUGUUUUCAGGUCCCCCUGUUGGGGAUCACCCUAUAUGCUCCUAAUGGAGCCAUAAUCACUGGCCGGAGACAAUCCAGGAGCCUCAUGCCUGCAGCUGGACUGUCAGCAAGACAGACAGCCACUGCAGGGACUGCCUACCCAGUAGCUACAAGUUGCUCGUAGCUGCCCAAAGAGCGCUCUCUCUGGUGCUACCUAUGUGAAGAUAUCCACCAGAGAGAGAUGCAAGCCCCAGCAGACUCCCUGGAACGAUGAGUCGACUUCACGGCCGCAGAGUCUCGCUGGUCGCCUGGAAGUCCGUGCCGGCCAAUAAGACAAGGGCUACCAUUCAGACUGGUUUUGCACCCUUUCUCCCAAUUGGCCAGCGAGUCACCUCUCCUCCCUGAGCACCGAUUUGGGGCAAAUUGGUUUGCACCUUUUCUUCUGAUUGGUCGCUGCGUGGUUUAGGCGCGUAAUUUGAAUCAACUGGCCGAAAACUAGUUAUUCUGUGGGGCUAUUUUCGGGGAUGUACAGAACCUCAAGCCCAGAUUUUGUACAAUGAUUUCUCUGGCUCUGUACAUCUGGUAGCUCAGCUAUUUGCAGGGAUCAUAGCUGGGACCAGGAGCUAUUUGGGGAUGUAUGGCAUGUGGGGAUGCAUUACUGUAUUGUGUGUAUUUUUGUGGUUUUUGUAUGUUUGGCUUCCUCUGUCUGGGAGAUACCAUUAUCUGCCAGACACGACGACGCCUAGGCAGGCUUAUGUUUUCAUGUUACUUUGAAUGGAGACCCCUUGCUGUUGGGUCUGUGCAUAAAUACCUUGUAUCUUGCCUGAAAUAGUUCUAUUUCACCCUUCACUAAGUCUCGACUAGUGUUUGGUUGAUACCACGAUUGUCCUCCUGCAAGUGACUAUAAUCACUGGCUAGCAGCUCUAAUCACUACAGGGCUAGGCACAACUAGGAAGGGGCGACCACAGGUGGUAGUAACCCAUCCACGAGAGGGUAUACUGCCACAAGGACCCUGCCCAGACUAACUUAGAGUGGCGUAUAAAGGCAGAAAAUGGAGGGCAUCAAGGGGGACAAUAAACAAACAAGGUGGGAAAGGAACAGAACUGGAGGUAAGAGUGGAGUGUGGCUCAUAAGUAGAGCCAGAGACAGAUUUAGGACAUAGAAGAUACUCUGUGAGGUCAUAAGCAUUAAAAAAAAAAAAAAAGGGGUUUUGAGGGAUCUCUUAAAGGACCACUAUAGUGCCAGGAAAACAAACUCGUUUUCCUGGCACUAUGGGGUCUUUAGGUCCCGCCCCCCUUCUGCCGGGCUGAAGGGGGAGGAAGGGGUUAAACUCUUACCUUUCUCCAGCGCCGGGCUCCCUCGGCGCUGGGGACUCUCCUCCCUCUUCUGACGUCAUCCGCCACAUGCGCAGCAAGAGCCGCACGUGCAUUCAUACAGUCCAUAGGAAAGCAUUUCUCAAUGCUUUCCUAUGGACGUCAGCGUCUUCUCACUGUGAUUUUCACAGUGAGAAGCGCGGAAGCGCCUCUAGCGGCUGUCAAUGAGACAGCCACUAGAGGCUGGAUUAACCCUAAUGUUUACAGCUGCAGGGUUAACCCUAGAUGGACCUGGCACCCAGACCACUUAAUUGAGCUGAAGUGGUCUGGGUGGCUAUAGUGGUCCUUUUUAAACGAUUUGAAGAUUGUCUGAUUGGGGUAGGCAGGCUGUUUCAAAGGAAAUACAGCCGCCCGUGAAAAGUCCUGUAAGUGUGAGUUAGCAUUGAGGGUGCGAGUAGCUGACAGGAGAAGGGCACCGACCGAACGGAGAGACAGACCAGAGGCAUGCCUAUGAAUCGGUGAAAAAAUAUAACAGGUGCUAGAGUUGUUUUAGAGCUUUAUAGGUAAGGAUAUCAAAUGAGUGCCAAAUGGCCAUCACAUUUAUGUGCCUAUUACUAACUUCUCCAGCUAGCAUAUGUGUUCGAGUUGGAGUGGGUUGAGAAAGGAAAGAUUGUAAUAAGUCCUUUAACACUUUAAAGUAUAUUGCAUAGGAAUCCGUCAUUGGAUGAUCCAAAAUUGGGUAUUUGAGAUAUGGUGUCUGUUUUUAUAGAUGAGUAUUUGUUUUUUUUGCAGGAAGACAGUUACUUGAACUUGGUGGAAACAAUGCAAUCAUUGGUAAGAUUUUACUUGUUUCUUUCCUUUUUUUUUUUUUUUGUGUGUGUGUUUUCAUAAAAAAAAAACACAAUUAAGUUUCUGAUCAUAUUGUCUUCAACCCAUCAAUAAAUAAAUUAUCUGGAGCAUAUUUAAAUAUAUACCUACAUCUGAAUUUUGGCUGCAUUCUAGUUGGAAUUAUUGCAAGUCUUUUAUUUAUUUUUUUUUAACAGAAAAUUGCAAAUUGAGACUUCUCAGAUUUUAUUGUAAUUCUUUACUUACUCUUUAUGACUUGUAUUUUCAGUUUUUGAAGAUGCUGAUCUUACUCUUGUGACACCAUCCGUUCUUUUUGCUGCUGUGGGCACUGCGGGCCAGAGAUGUACAACAGCCAGACGGCUGGUAAGAAUAUUUAAAAUUCCAUGUGCUUUGUACAAAUACAGUGUAGUUGUCCACUGUCAGUUUUUCUUUAAUAGAAAUUAAAUAAAUAAUCCCGUGUGUGUGUAUGUGUGUGUGUGUAUAUAUAUAUAUAUAUAUAUAUAUAUAUAUAUAAUGACAUGUACUGUACUUAAAUCUAAUGAGCAAUAGAAACUAGUGUGCAUGUGCAUCCAAGCUUUCCCAAUGGAAAGCAUUGUAUUCAGUGCUUUUCAUUUGGCUUCGUCAUCAUGUGACUGAGUUUUUUUUUUUUUCUUGGUCAGUCUUGCUUAAGCACCUCUAGUGGCUAUCGAGAAAAAAGCCACUAGAGGUGGAUUUAUCCUGCAAUGUACAAAACUGCAUUACAGGGCCAUUGCACCCAGAUCGCUUCAUUGAGAUCAAGUGGUAUGGAUGAUUUUAGUGUUACUUUAAGUUAUUUUGCACACUUGCUCAAUCCUGGCAACUACGAAUACUAGCCAGCUUCUGGAGCCUCCUGGGCAUCUCUCCGACUGAGUGCCAUCACUCGUCCUUCUGACUAUUUCAGCUGAUCAAUGUGUGCAGCCUGCGGCCUAGAAUGCGGCAUUGGAAGUGACCGAACUCCCAAACCUGGCUUCGACUGUCCUGUCCUGCAAACAAUCGGAAACCCAUACUCCCUGCCCCAUCCUACCUCUUCCCCUCCCCAGUGGUCCGGUGGGGGUUAUCCUGAUUCCCACCAAGGGUUGCUAGCCUACCAGCUCCACCCAGGUGAUACAGACACCACAGGACGAAUCUUAGCGUAAGUUCCAAAAUAGCCACGGCUGCUGAUACCACAUGGCAAAACUACCAAAGCGCAUAAGCUCACCUUCAUAGCUAUCUGCUCCCGGUUCUGGGAAAGGCUGGAGGUCUGGCAAAGCAGUCCUCUGGUACCUGUGGACCAGCUGAUCCUUCCGGCAACUCCCAGGUAGUUCCAUAUGAGCACUGUCCACGCACUCAGGAGAUUUGUUGUACUUGCGCCAUGGCAGGCACGCAACAGAGAUUUAAAAUAGAUAAAAUAGAAAGGUGAACAGCGCUAAAAAUCAGAAAAUGUACAUACGUUUUGUAGAAAUACUGGCCAGCAGAGUAACUUAAAAAAAGAGAGAAACAAAAAUACAAAUAAUGGUACAGUAUGUAUGAACGAUAUAAUUCCACAAGAACAAAGGUGUUAUAUUCACACUCACACUUUGAGGAGCUAUAUCAGCUCGGUGUUAAGAGCCUGGACGGAAUAAUCCCCGUCUAUGGAUUUCUUGAGGUUCAAGACCGUUGGUGAAUUUAUAGGUGUAAAUAUUCGUUACAUGAAAAACAAGAGUAAAAUACACCACAUGGUAUAGUACGUAAAUAUAAAAUAUUGUGAAAAAAAAAGUGGAUGAUCCUACUUACAUAUACUAGAGCAACGACCUGCUCUAGUUUGGAGAAUUUCAGGUGGAAUAAUCCCCACCUUGGGAUAUAGUGAACCCAGGUAUAGCAGCAAAGCAGUAUUGGAUAGGAAGGAGGACAAAAGGAAUGACUGGAUAGUUUAAAAAAUAUAUAUACUUUAAUACAAUAAGUGAAAAGUGAAUAAUAAACUAUAAAACCAGUCCUGUAUAAAAGUCCAAAAUUCUUCCUCACUUGACGCGUUUCGCCGAAGCUUUCUCAAAAAAGUAAAAGCUUCGUCGAAAGCGAAGUCAAGAAUUUUGGACUUUUAUACAGGACUGGUUUUAUAGUUUAUUAUUCACUUUCACUUUAUUGUAUUAAAGUAUAUAUAUUUUUUAAACUAUCCAGUCAUUCCUUUUGUCCUCCUUCCUAUCCAAUACUGCUUUGCUGCUAUACCUGGGAUUAUAUUCCACCUGAAAUUCUCCAAACUAGAGCAGGUCGUUGCUCUAGUAUAUGUAAGUAGGAUCAUCCACUUAUUUUUUUUUUUAUUUAUUUUUUUUUCAAUAUUUUAUAUUUACGUACUAUACCAUGUGGUGUAUUUUACUCUUGUUUUUUAUGUAACGAAUAUUUACACCUAUAAAUUCACCAACGGUCUUGAACCUCAAGAAAUCCAUAGACUGGGAUUAUUCCGUCCAGGCUCUUAACACCGAGCUGAUAUAGCUCCUCAAAGUGUGAGUGUGAAUAUAACACCUUUGUUCUUGUGGAAUUAUAUCGUUCAUACAUACUGUACCAUUAUUUGUAUUUUUGUUUCUCUCUUUUUUUAAGUUACUCUGCUGGCCAGUAUUUCUACAAAACGUAUGUACAUUUUCAGAUUUUUAGCGCUGUUCACCUUUCUAUUUUAUCUGUCCAUUUAUCACAAAGUAGAGAAACACCUUGUUGGUGAACUGCAGCUCACCCCUGAGAAGAGAGCGCUUAUUAUUCUUUUGCACGCAACAGAGAUUUGCCUGGGAAGUUGAGGGCUUGUUUAGUGGACAUUUGGUGCAGGCUUUGGUGAUGGGCUGGAGCAGCAGUGCACUUGGAGCAUGGGGCAUAUCCUUUUGGCCGUAUGUGGCGUUCCUAACCUGUAGGAGAAUACUUCGGGACUGUGCUUGAGCAUGGGAGUCGGGUGAUCAUUACACAAGCUUGACACAAUUUUAGGGUCCUCACCCAACUAUUGCGCUGUUAUUUUUAGUUCAUUUUAAUCAUUCAUGCCGCCCUCUGAAGUCCUGAAUGCACUACCAUGCAUGUGCGCGGCCGCGAGCUGAGCUGACAGCUCAGCUCGCGGUCUUUGCCCACCUCCUCUCCUCUGCUGACAGGCAGAAGAGAGAAGGCGCGCACACAGUGCCUUCUCUCUCCUGCACACGUCAGACGUAUUUUAAUACGUCUGAUGUGUACAAGGCCUUUUUAGGGCCCUACAUAAUAGGAAGUCCCUCUGGUGGCCGUCUGAGUGACUGCCACUGGAGGUAUUCCUAUCAAUCAAUGUAAACACUGUAUUUUCUUUGAAAAUAUAGUGUUUACAUUAGAUUGCCUGCAGGGAGCUAUAGAUCAUACCUGAAAAACUACAUUAAGCUGUAGUUGUUCAGGUGACUAUAGUGUCCCUAUAAUUUAAUCUGCAUACGAUGUAAUGUUUAGUUGUUCUGUUUGCAACAGUGUCAACUUCAUUCUCAUGUAUGUGACUUUUGUUCUAUGUUAGCGCUUGCACUGUAAAUGUACCACUCAAUAAAAAAUUGACGGAAAAAUAUCUACUCAUAUACUUUUGUUUUAUUUAUUUUUUUUAGUUUUUGCAUGAAAGCAUUCAUGAUGAAAUUGUGGAAAAGUUGGCCAAGGCCUAUGCACAAGUGCGUAUUGGAGACCCUUGGGAAUGUGAGUACUUUUUGUUUUGCUGCAUGUAAAUAAUUUGCGUAAAAAAUUGCCUUAGCCACAAAUUGUAAAGGAAUAAAAUGUCAUAAUAUUUAGCCUUUUACAUCUUGUGAAGUUUGCUAUUGGUACUAAAUUUAAAGGAUAAACUACAAUUACAUAAUCUGUGUUCAGACACAUUAACAGCUACCAAGGAGUCUUUUGAAUUGUCAUCAAGAUCAUAAUUCCACCACUCUGAUACUUUCAAAUUAUUGUGAUUACAAUUCUGCCAAAGAGAAAUUGGCAACACUUUAACAGGAUCUUUGGUAACAUGGCAAACUUAACGCCUCUGUUAACCAGUACCUCAAAAUAUGUCUCUUUCUAACAACAAAUACCCCCAAAUGUUUGUCACUUUUCUUACAAUUAACCAAUACCUCAAAACACUUGUUAGUGCAUGUAACGGUAGUCACCAUCACUGGGAGCAGGACGACACUUUACAAAGGUUCAUAAAUUGCUCCUAUACCCUAGUCACCCUGUGCCCAUUCUAGGUGCAGGGUGUUUAUAUAUUGUUAGUCGGUAACAAGCAUCAGCAGGACAGGAGAGCACACAAAACAGUUAAAGGACCGCUAUAGUGCCAGGAAAACAUACUCGUUUUCCUGGCACUAUAGUGCCCUGAGGGUGCCCCCACCCUCAGGGACCCCCUCCCGCCCGGCUCUGGAAGGGGGAAAGGGGUAAAAACUUACCUUUUUCCAGCGCUGGGCGGGGAGCUCUCCUCCUCCGUUCCUCCCCGUCAGCUGAAUGCGCACGCGCGGCAGGAGCUGCGUGCGCAUUCAGCCGGUUGCAUAGGAAAGCAUUAUCAAUGCUUUACUAUGGACGCUUGCGUGCUCUCAUUGUGAUUUUUCACAGUGAGAAUCGCGCAAGCGCCUCUAGUGGCUGUCAGUGAGACAGCCACUAGAGGAUUUGGGGGAAGGCUUAACCCAUUCAUAAACAUAGCAGUUUCUCUGAAACUGCUAUGUUUAUAUAAGAAUGGGUUAAGCCUAGCUGGACCUGGCACCCAGACCACUUCAUUAAGCUGAAGUGGUCUGGGUGCCUAGAGUGGUCCUUUAAGUGGACUUGGCUAUGGAGCCUGUAUAGUGCCCUCUGCUGGUAGCACACACACUAGCUGUAUAGCAUAGCAUGGCUUGUUAUGUUAUUGUAAUUCUCUGUUUCAUGACAUGUUUUGAUUAUUUGUAUUCUAUUACAUUUGUCACAGCAAGCUUUAUUUAAUAAGCAUAUGGGCUUAUACAGCUUUAAAAAUAAAGCUGUGUAUAUUUGUUCCUUUUGAAACUUGUGUCCUGUGUGGAUUUUUAGGGAUUCCAGUAACAGUCUUCGGACAUGUUGACUGGCUGCACAAUACCUCUAGCCCUGGGAUAACUCGAGAGCCGGGUCUGAGAGCCUUGUGUGCCUUUAUAAAGGCAAUAGAAGUCACAUUGCAGGCAGAGGUGGAUAUCUGCCUGGAAGAAGGGCUUCAGAGGGGACGGCAUCAGCCUGGAAGUAGAGCUGAAGCCUGGUUGGGUGAAAAAGCUCCAGAGAGACCCGAGUGAAGCCUUGGCAACUGGGGUUAAAGUGUUUUAGGCUCCCUCCCCAACGGCUAGGUACUCGGUUGGAGUACAGGAGCUCCGUCACAGUGCAUAAACUAAAUGACACGUAAAAGCAACUUUAAGGAAAGAUUCUUUAACCAGUUGUAACUAGCAAACUGGAUAGCCUUGUAUUAUUACAGCUUUAGUUUUCAAUUUAAUUUCUGUUCUUUUUUUCGGAACUAUGCUUGAAUGUGUACCCAAUUUUGUUUAUACAUUUUGCAGCUGAAACCUUAUGUGGACCUUUGCAUACUAAGCAGGCUGUGGAAAUGUUCCUUUCAGCAAUUGAACAGGGAAAAUGUGAAGGUGGAACAAUUGUCUAUGGUGGAAAGGUCGGUGGCUUCUCCAUUGAAUUUGUGUUUUUUUUUUUUUUCAUUCUCCUACGAGCCUUUUUGUUGUAUCAUUGUUGCAAUCAAGUGGUGUGUUUUUUUCUUCGUUUUUAAAAAAAAAAAAAUAAAUAAAUAUAUAUAUAUAUAUAUUUAUAUAUAUAUUUUUAAGAGGCGAACAUAUACAAAUAUGAGGUAAUUGUAAUGCAAUACCAUCUACAGCAUGUAUAUUUUAAACUGUUUUUUUAUUUUAUUUUUUUAAUAACGCAUUGAGGGGAGUCUGGAACAAGAAGCAUGGCACAGGCGAUCAACAAUGAUUAUUUAGCGGUUUGGCUACAUUCCAUUUUUGUAUCAUUUCUGUAGUCUAUCUUAUAUACCUUGCAAAAAGCUUUUGGGGAAAAAAUAUCCACUCUUUUAAUUUUUUCUGUUUUUUUAAAGGAGUCUCUAAAGCUUACUUUUAGUUAUUUAUAGAGAAGCAGUUUCUGGGUGUUUUCAGUCAUUUUACAAUAGUUUGACAAAAAUUGCUCUUAUGCCACUCAACCCUGGCAAUAAUCGGAUGCAUGUGCUUGGAAGUGGCUUAGCCCAAACACUCACAACCUAUUAUUUUUUGGAUAAAUAAUACAGAAGAGAAUCUUCCAUAUUAUCCAGGGAGCUGCAGAGGGCCAGGCUUUGGCUGCUGCAGAAAGAUCCAUUUUUUUCAUUUUCUUUUUAAACCAAAAUAGUUAGACAGAACUAGAACCAGGGAAUUGCACUACAAUAGCUUUUAUUAGCUGUAGUGGUUAUGUUGCUUAGAAUGCCCCUUUCAUGUGUGCACUUUUAUAUGGGCUGCUAACAAAUGUAUUUAAUUCCUACAAUACCAAAUUUUGGGGGGUAAAAGUGGCAUAACAUGGGGUGGAUUUCUUGCACCUUGCAUGAAUCUGCAGUCUCACAGACAGAUUGUUAUUCAUGGAUACAUAAGCAAAGUUAUAUUUCAAAUUUUACAUUUUCUUAGAUGUUACAAAAAUACCUAGGGAAACUAUAUGGUAUCCCAUGAAUUGCAGGGUCUAAAAAGCUUUUCCGAAAGCUGAAACACCAUUUUAUUUAUUUAUUAUUUGAUAUGGUAUGUGUGAGAAAAAUCUAAAUAAAACCACCAAAUCUGCUUCUGUAAACGCAACUAGACUUUGAAAGACUUUUUUUUUUAGUGGGUUGGCAUCACAGUCCAAAUUUUAGUGUAGUUUUAAAUGAGUGUAAUUUAUUUUCUUUUUACACUGAUUGCUCGGUGAUAUUUUUGUUCUUUGAAAUUCAUCCAGGUUAUUGAUCGUCCAGGAAACUACGUUGAACCAACCAUCAUGACUGGAUUGCCCCAUGACUCGCCGAUUGUUCACAAAGAGACUUUUGCUCCUAUCCUUUAUGUUAUUAAAUUCAAGGUAUUACAUGAGAAUACACUAUACCAAAUACUGAUAACCGUUGUAACUGAUGGAUAUCAAUCAUGGGAUUAGUGUAUAUUAAUAUUUAUAUUCUGUUCUUGGUAGUCUGAAGAAGAGGCGUUUGCAUGGAAUAAUGAGGUCAAACAAGGUCUUUCAAGCAGCAUCUUUACUAAGGAUCUAGGGAGAAUUUUCCGCUGGCUUGGGUAAAUUCUUCUAAAAUGCUUUUUAUUUGUUUUCUGUUGCAAUUCUUAUUUUAAGAAUGUAGACAUUACAAGGCUGAAGGCCUGAGGGUGAUUUUAAAAGGUGUAUUUUCAGUUCUUUAUUAAAAUUCCUUUUAUCUGUUCUAAGUAUAUUGUUCACAUAAUCCAGCAUUAUCCUAGCAUGUGCUUAUUUGCAAAAGUUGAAAUGUUUUAAUCUUAUAUAAGGUUGUGCAUCUGUUUAAGAUGGACUCAAAUCAAAUCAUCAGUUGUCAAAUGUAUAUUUGGGAAAUGCAUUUUUUUUUGUGAUGGUACUGUAGUUUAUACUGCAUACUACUUGUACUCCUUUUUACAGUGAUUUGCUACUUUACAUAUCACAGGCUUUUAACUGCAGUAAUUCAAACUAUAUUAAAGGCAACUCAAAGUGCAGAUUGGUGUUCAUACCGUCUGUGAUGCUGUAUGUCUCCAUUAUAAAAGACAUGUUUUGUAUCCACUAGGCCAAAAGGUUCCGAUUGUGGUAUAGUGAAUGUCAACAUUCCUACUAGUGGAGCAGAGAUUGGAGGAGCUUUUGGUAUGUGUUCGUUUUUAUUCUGCCUUUCUUUCUUGAUGUGUUUUUACUUUUGUCAAACGUUUUGAUCAGCGUUACCUUGUUUAAAACCAUAACCUUGUUUUUAAACCAUUUUCUUUUCACAAACUUGACAUUUAACAUGGGGUAAUUAGUCUUUUAAAGGGGAACCAUAUCUACUUUGGAAAUUAUACUACUGGGGUACUGAGGGGGACGGAAAAUCACAUACAAAUUGAGUUAACUAUUUAUUUGUAUAGUAAAGAUUGGGCAAUUAACAUCACAAACGUGUUCAGUCCAGGCACAUCUAUGUACCUAUUGUAUUGAGUAGCAGUAGAAACUGCUUUUCCUUUCUGGUAACUGACCAGUGCUAAGGAUUGAUUGACAGGGAGCAAAAAAUGAGGAACUCUGUUCCAGGAUAAAGUAAAUCCAUCAGUUUGGAUUUCUACCUCACCAUAUGUGUCAGUAAACAUAAGUUGGUUCCACUCUAAGAAAAUCACUUGGUCACAGGUGCGUUGUAUUGUUCCAGCUAAUUAACGUGUUCUUAUUAUAAUGCGCUAAUUAAUAAAUAUUUUAGGAGGGGAGAAGCACACUGGAGGAGGGAGAGAGUCAGGCAGUGAUUCUUGGAAACAUUAUAUGAGAAGAUCUACUUGGUGAGUGAAAUAUCCCCACGUAUAUAUCUUAAAUUCUAUCAUCUGCAGGUAAAGUACAGCUGGAGCCUUCUCCUCAGAAUAAGUUUAUCACCUGCAGCUUUCUGGCAUGACCAGCUUUCAUUUCAGUUUUUUUUUUUUUUUUUUUUUAGAAUUCCUAUUAAUUAAUUUAAACUUUUUCUUGUUUCAGUACCAUUAAUUACAGCAAGGACUUGCCGCUAGCUCAAGGCAUAAAGUUCCAGUAA